AUAUCCACGCUGAUGCCUUGAGCUGGAGCUGGAAAACAUCUGUUGAAAGAUUCAGUCAAGAGGAGGUACAUCCAUUGGCUAUUUUCUUCAGGGCAGGUGAAAUGGCCUGUGCAAAAGUGCCUUUAGAUGAACUGCACGUGACUCAGCCCUUUGGACCACAAGGCAAAGAACUCACUUUACCAGCAUUACACCCUGAUCGUAAAGAAGAGAGAUGUUUCUUAACCUUUAAGCCCCCACCUGAGGAUGGCACACCUGCAUUGGUGGAGGAGUUCCUGGAACAUGCUCAGUUCAUCUCAGAGGAUCUGGAGUGGCUGCUGGCUUUACCCCACGACAAGUUUUGGUGUCAGGUGGUAUUUGAUGAGUCAUUACAGAGGUGCUUGGACUCUUAUUUGAGGCACGCUCCCCGCAGUUUGGACCCGUCUGGUAUCUCGUCCAGUCCAGCUGUAGCCGACAUGCAGAGGAACGUUCAUCGCUCUGUGUUCAUGGUCUUCCUCAGGAUGGCUACGCACAAAGAGUCUAAGGAGAACUUCAUUACCCCUGCAGUGUUUGCAGAGAUUAUUUACAACAACUACUUAUUUGACAUUCCCAAAAUUCUGGAUCUGUGUGUGCUGUUUGGGAAAGGAAAUUCCCAACUGGUACAUAAAAUGAUCGAGAACAUUUUUACUCAGCAGCCCAGUUAUUAUGGAGACCUAGAUGAGACUAUACCUUCAAUCAUCCAGGUAUUUGACUCAAUAUUACAGAAGUGUGGUAUUCAGUCAGAGGACACAGGAGCCGGUCAACCCCUCAAACUGAAUGCAAACAGAUGUCUAACUGCCAUGACCAUGUCAGAGGAGGAGCUUGUAGACUUGGUGUUGUACAUGUGUGAUACCUGCACUACUGUUCACUCUUUCCUGGACAUCUUCCCCGAGGCUUGUUCUACCUUCAAACAACACAACUUUCUUAACAGAUUAUCGUCAUUCUAUGAGAUGGUAGUUCCAGACCUGGAAAAGGCAGUGAAGAAGAGGAAUUUAAAUAAAAGUUUACAGGAGAACAUGUGGAGACAAGUAUCUCAUUCCAGAAAGAAAAUGGUGGAGAUUGCUCACCUGCUGCUCCAACACUCAUGUUUACAGCCCAUUCUGGAGGGCUCUGAAAACGUGGCAUCCUUUGUAGAAGAUCUCCUACAGAACUUCACAGCUUUCCUUCAAGAGAAAAGAUUUCUGGCAGAUUAUGAUGAACAGUUCCCUAUAGUGGAUGACAUCAGUCUCCUUCAGCAGGCCUUCCCUCUUUUAGACGACACCAGGACAUCUUACCUGUUGCAGGGUGUAGAGUCAGCCUGGGAGUUUGUGGGCAAAAAGAGAAGCUUCCCCUCUGCAAUCUCAUCAGCCAAUCACAGUGCAGGAGCCAAGAACAAGACCGGCAGAGAUUUAGAAGCUUCCCAGCAGGAAGGAGCGGGAGUCAGAGAGGAGUUGAGAGGAGCGGAAGCUAUGACUGACACUCCCCGUAAGGGUGACAACGGGGCAGUUUGCACAUUGAGUGCUGGAGAACUGGAGUCUCUGCUGACCCAUAUCCGAGAGCUGCUUCCAGACUUGGGAGAUGGAUUCAUACUGGCAUGUUUGGAGGAGUACGGAUACAAUUCGGAACUUGCCAUAAACAACAUCCUGGAAGAUAAACUGUCACCUUCUCUUGACAAACUGGACAGGGCAAUGGCCAGGCCUGUGAAGAAGGAGCUUCCCUUAGUUUUGAGCACGAGAUCUAAUGUGUUUAACGAUGACGAGUUUGACGUGUUCAACCGUGACCGAUUGGACAUGAGUCGCAUAUGGAAAGGCCGGAGACAGGGGGAGAGUGUACGUGCCACACUCGAUGAUAAGCAGCACAUAGAAGAGCAGAGAGAGAGAUAUCAAGCCUACCAGACAGUGGUGGAUGAGAUUCCCAUAUCGAAUGAGCCCUCUGGAGACCGUGAUAAUGCUUUCGGCUUGGAUGAUUAUGACGACGAAUAUGACGACACGUAUGAUAUCAACCAAAUAGGAGCAAAUGAUCUGGAUGAAGAAGAUGAACUGUUGAACCGCAGGCCGUUUACUAUCCCACAAGUUCUAAGAACAGUCAAAAAGGCUCAGAUGGAAGAAGACGAGGGGGAAGAAGAGGACACGAAUGACGCUGUGAAGAAGGAUUACUUCGUCCAGGACCCAGCAGUCCUCAGAGAGAGAGCCGAGGCCAGGAGAGCUGCUAUGCAAAGCAGGAAAGGCUACAGACCGCCACCGGCAAGUCAUGUUGUAGGUGGUCCAAGGGGACGGGGACAGGCGCAGGAGACCGUUUUGGACCGUCGUAGAAAGGAGGCGAACAAGAGCAGAGGAGCCAAUCACAGUCGCAGAACGAUGGCUGACAGGAAGAGGAACAAGGGCAUGAUCCCUUCUUAAGACUUUUGAAUCAAGAACAGAACAUUACACAGUUCUUGGAGAACUGAAAAAGCAGAAUGAAGUACCUAAGGUUAAUUGUAGCUCUUGUAGGCACAUGGAGAUGACACUCUGGUCUAUUACAUAGGCCUAUUAUUUCUUUCAGAUUGAAAAUUAGUUCUUGAUGAGUGUAUUUUCUGAAGUAUAAACCAAUAUAAAAACAGGAUGAUUUGGAGUUUGAAGUGCUUAGUAAAAUGCGCAGGGAUGUGUGUCUGUAAAGGGAUCAAGAUAGUCAUAUUUUAUGUUUUUGAUAGUGAGAGUCAACACUAUGACAAGAAAACAGAGUGUUGUAAGGCAAAGGAGCCAUUUCUUUUGCCCUGUAACACACGAGUUUAUUGAACAGAGGAGAGGUACAAACAGUUAUUGCACUGUUAAGUAAAAUUCAACAAAUAAAUAAAGGAACAUCAGGUUCGAGAAUGUUGCAUCUAAAAUAAAUUGCUACAAAAGACGCAGUACAUUACACUAUUAAAGCAAAAAUGGAGCUCAAAAGAUCCUGUUCCAGUUCUCUAAAGGUUCAGAAAGCGAUUAAGACUUGACAUAAGAGCAGUCCUUUGAGAAACCUUCCCACUUGAGGUUGUACGGACUGGCUUGCAAAGUCCGAUUUCCAACUCAUUAAUCAUACUGUGCCAAAGGCUGUGAGCAUUCGUCAUUCUGGAAGAGUGAUGUCCUUUUUCUUACAUAGACUUUGAACAGGCAAUGUUCUCUUGCCAUGUAGAGCAGCAUAUUUCUACUUGCUAAGAUAAAUUCAAAGCAUUUUGUAACAGAAAGCAAAGCAUAUUUAAGAAUGCUUUUGAAAUAAAACGUAAACCAUAGGAAGAUAAAACAUGAAUAAAUACUGUUCUUAUUAA